UGGGUUUUCUUUCUUUCUUUCCUUCAUUAUUUGAGAGAGAGAGAGAGAGAGAGAGAGAGAGGCUGAGAAUAUAAAGGUUCUAGCCUUUGAGGGUCCCUGAUCAGUUGAUAAUUGAGGAUGAAGAAGUCCAGCUGUGAGUCUUCUUCCAAACUGGACAGGAAGACAGUGGAGAGGAACAGAAGAAUCCACAUGAAAGAUCUCUGCUUCAAGCUUGCUUCCCUUAUUCCUCCCCAACACCCCAAACCCUCCAACUCCAAGGACACGUUGUCACAGCAAAAUCAGUUCGAUCUUGCUUCCUCCUACAUAAAGCAACUGAGAGAGAGAAUAGAGAAUUUGAAGGAGAGGAAGGAGAAAGCAAUGAGGUCACAAUUAGGGAUAGAUGCUAAUAGUACUAUCGAUGCCGAUAAUGCUAUGAUGGUGAGAUCAAGAUUGCCAGUUCUUGAAUUAAGAGACUCAGGUUCAAUUAUAGAAGUGAUGCUGAUCAGUGGGUUGAACAAGAACUUCAUGUUAUAUGAAGUGAUUAGUGUUCUUGAGGAGGAAGGAGCAGAAGUUAUCAGCGCUAGCUUUUCCACUAUAGGUGAUAAGGUUUUCCACUCGCUCCAUGCUCAGGUCAAAAUUUCUAGGGUUGGUGUUGAGACUUCAACUGUGUUUCAGAGACUGCAGGAUUUGAUUUACUGAUCAGUCAUCAGUUGCUAGCAAUUGGCUCUGGAAAACAGAAGAUAAUGUUCUUGUUGUAAAAUGUAGAAUUAAUAAUGCCAUGUUCAUGAAAAUUAAUGUGUUCAGCCACCCAAAGAAUCAAUAUAGCUUAUUAGCUUUAAUCCAGAUGAACACUUCAUUUGGUUUUUUUUUUU